AUGUGGAUCAUUUCUGCAUCGCUAAUAGCGAGUUCUAUUCUUGUCUGCGCCUUGGCGUCACCUUCGGCCCAUUUCUUCGUUGCUGCUAAUUCUUCUGUUGUCGGGCUUCAGGGAUCGGCUGAUCCUGGAGGUUUUGCAUCCUUUGCAAUAUACUUCUCCAGUCCAAGGUCACAAAGCACGGCCAUCAUCCGUCGCUUCCAUGGCAUCCAAUUUGUGGCCUUCAGCAUUUCCAUCUGGUAA